CACGUCCUCCAGAUCCUCAACGAGGCCCGUAUGGUGUGUGACCACAUCACUAGAAAAGACCUGCUGGGCAAGUUGUACAAUGACAUUGGCCUGAGCUAUGCCCAGCUGAAGGUCUUCUCCCUGGCGGUGGAGUGUUUCCAGAAGGCCUUGUUGUUCUGCCAGGAGGAAGACGUGGACAGAACCAAGGAGGCGGUGGUGUUGCAGAACCUGGGUGCCGCAUACAACACCCUGGAGCAGUUCGAGGAAGGAUUGGACUACCACAGGAGGGCCGCAUCUCUACACAGCGCGAUCGGCAACCGCAGAGCUCAAGGACAAUGUUUUGGCAACCUGGCGUACGCCAUGAGCCAGCUCAGCGACCACGAGGCGGCGGCAGAGAAUUACCUCCACUCCCUGCAAGCGUUUAAAGAUUCAGAUGAUGUCCAUGGUCAGUGGCAGGCAUGUGAAGGACUCGGAGCAGCUAAGUUCGGUGUUGUGGGCGAUGCGGAGAAGGCCGUCCUGUACUACAAGCAGGCCCUGGCCUUAGUCUCCAGAGCCAAGGAAGCCUCCAAUGACGCACAGGAGAGAAUCGUGAACAAGCUGACCGAUGCGCUCCAGUACAGACUGUCCAUCAACAGGCACCCCAUUCAGGGCGGAGUCCUACCACCACCGCCUGUGCCACUGAGAGGACCCACUGGCCAGAUUCUCCGGGGGAACUCCAUAAGGCGGUCUACGAGGACUAACCACGAAUACGCCAACAUAACGCAGAUGUUUCCUCCUCAGGAGAUCCGACCGACUUGGAGGAAAUCUCAGCAUGUAUCUCGUUCUGCUCAACCGGCGGAAGAACUGUAUGCAACUAUGAAGACCAGAGAGACUACAAGACUCAACGGGCAGCCAUCUUUGAAGAGUAAGGUGUCAGACAUUGGAGGAGAGGAGGAGGAGCCCGACACCCUCACAGUGGUCGCUAAUGAGUUUUCCGAAGACUGCGAACAGUCGGACGCGGCCUGCGCCAGGAAUUAUCCGCAUGCCAACAGCAAUCUGAAUAACACCUACCUGCAGCCAGACCCUGUCUACCAGAACUGCACGAUGAAGAGCACCACCAAAAGUAUACAUGAUUAUGAAACUCUCAAGCUGAAGACUUUAGAAACAAACAGGAGGGUGAGUGAGCCCCCCGGCUGCCUUCACAUACCCAGGGUGGACGGUCAAGAACCCUCCAGAAGAUUGAGAUUUCAGUCCCGGAUGUGUCACAUCAUGUGA